AGAGGGAAGUCGCCGGAGGAGGAUUUCCGAUGAUGAGACGGAGGAGCGGCGACCUGAUCUGAGCUGGUGCUGGGAGAGAUGAAGCGUUCCCUCCGCUUCCCUUUAGUUCUCCUCGUCCUCGUCGCUGGCGCGCUGAGCUGCCGCUCCGUCGGCCUCCGCGGCAAAAUCCCCGGCCCUCUUUACGACGCUGGGGACGUGGAGGCUGUCAAUGAGACAUUGUUCCUCCUCUCCGCAGAGGAGCCAGGCGCUGCGGAGCUGCAGCAGAAUGUGGCGGACCUCCUCUCAGCGAACCUCGAAUCGAUCGACAUCGCCGGCGGCCGGUACAGGGAGAUCUCUCUGUGGAGGAGCGGAACGAUGCCGGGGGGAAGGUCGAGGUCAUUGGGGAGCCUGAGGUUCCCGGCCCGGCCGGGCCACCCUGAGCACGGCCCGGUCCUCCCGGAGUUCCGACGGCUGCUCACCGAUUGGUUCCGCAAUCGCCGACAGUUCCGACAGGAGGUGAUGUCGGAACUGGUCGACCGCAUCAAGCGCCCCGUCGACCGGAGCUACGGGCACCCGGACACCGGCCGGCCUUACGCCACCUGCGCGGUGGUAGGCAACAGCGGCAUCCUCCUGAAGGCGGAGCACGGCGACCUCAUCGACGGGCACGACCUCGUCAUCCGCCUCAACAACGCCCGCAUUGCCGGCUACCAGCGGCACGUCGGGGCCAAGACCUCCCUCUCCUUCAUCAACAGCAACGUGCUCCGCUCGUGCGCCGUUCGCGACGGCUGUUUCUGCCAUCCCUACGGCGACUUCGUCCCCAUCGUCUUCUACCUCUGCCAGCCCGCGCAUUUCGUCGAGUACCUGGUCUGCAACUCCACCCACAAGUCGCCGCUGCUAGUGACGGACGGUGGGCUCGACACCCUCUGCGCCCGGAUCGUGAAGUACUAUUCCCUCAAGCUGUUCGUGGAGGAGACGGGGAAGCCGCCGGCGAUGUGGGGCAAGUUCCACGACGUGGAGAUGUUCCACUACUCGUCGGGGAUGCAGGCCGUGGUGCUGGCCCUCGGCAUGUGCGAUAAAGUGAGCGCCUUCGGAUUCGGCAAGUCGCCGGAAGCGAAGCACCACUACCACACGAACCAGAAGGCGGAGCUCGGCCUGCACGAUUACCCGGCGGAGUACGAGUUCUACCGCGACCUCGUCGAGCGGCCGCAGGCCAUCCCGUUCCUCCGAGACGCCGGCAUUAAGGUCCCCUCUGUUUCCUUUUACAAUUAAAUAAUACGCACACUGUACACAAACGAUACGCCAUUUUUGGAAGAAGAACCUAGCUGGAUACAUACACAAACGUGCAAUGUGGAGCAUUUGGUAGUUUUUGUUGCAUGUUCUACCAACUAUUAUUAACACAAGUGUAUAUUAAAAUUGGAGCACCUCAUCUAAAAACAAAUACAUUUCUAUGGAAUAA